UAUAUAGACAGCAUAACUCUUAUUCUUAGUGCCAGGUAGCUGACUGAUUUGAGUCUUUAAUAUGUCUACAUUUGCAGAGAGCUCUUUAGAAUCUGCUGAAACUCCUGCUUCUAAUCCUCCUCCUCCUCCUAACCCACGUCCUAAAACCCGUCCACUACCAAACCCACGUCCUAACCCACCUCCACGUCGGUUUCAACUACCUCCUUUAGAACCUUCACCUCAAGUUUUUCCAAAUCCUCCUUCUCAAGUUCUUCCAAAUCCUUCUCCUCCUUCUCCUGUUCAUCGUCCUCCUUCUCCAUUAGUACUGCCUAAAGCUUCAGCUGCACCUCCUUUUUUUGAAACAGCAGUUGAUCCCCUUUCAACAAAAGUUGAUGAAACUCAGCCACUACCACCCCCUGCUCAUAUAAUCCCACCUGGUGCAGCUGGUGGUGGAGCCACUUUUAUUCCACUCUCCUCUUUGCCGCAGUUUCCAGUGCCACCUCUUCUAGGUGAAGGGAAAGCAGGAGGAGACACUAAUAGAGGAAGAGAAGGCCCUGAUGUUGAAGUUAAUGAAGAUAUCUUUAAUUUCAGACCACAACUGGAUUUUGAAGAAUUUAUCAAGGAGCAUGAUGGAACCCGCACAAACAAGUACAUACGCUCAAUGAAUAAAUAUGCCUACACCUGCUGCAAGAUAUGCUGCUAUAACUACCUAGUGAUCAUCUUGGGUAUACCAGCUACGGUGGUCUGGGCGUUCAUCCUUGGCUCAGUCUCUUUUAUUGCGAAUUGGAUAUACAUUCCAAUGCUAAAGGUUGUCACUUGGUUUUUGAAUAUCACCUUUCCUGUAUGCAAGCCUCUAAUGGAGUGCCUGGCAGCUAUUGUUCCUCUCAUACAAGGAAUAACAGCUGCUGCAUCAAAACGUUAAAACUUUUAAAUUUUUUUGAGUGUAAAUGUAUUCCUAUCCUCAAUGUAGUUUGACUUGCAAGUUUUUAUAACUUUUAAUAAUGUUCUAGUUAGUUACUUUUAA